UCUUCCUUUUUGCCCGCCAGUUGGUCAAUUGGAGUGCUGAUAUGCCAGACAUCUCGCAACACCAUGCAGCGCGUCGCCAGCUCGUUCCGAUAUAGCAGAUAUCGAAACAUAGCCUACAGCUUUGGCGGCGCAUCAUCACUUCUCAUUGGAUAUCGUCUAUGGCUGGGCCGGAAGCCUGUGCUGUCAGACAGCAUUUCCGUUGAUGCCCACGACGAAGGAAGUGUCGACACAGAUUCCGAUGCCCGACUAUCCGCUCGUUUUCGAAGAGCCUCAGAGGCGCGUGCUAAAGAGACGAACCCGUCAAACGAGUCCUUAAAAGGUGAUGAGCCGCCUCCGCCAAGAGCCAACGGCCACUCUGUAUUCGAUAUAGAAGGCGAUUUGGCUGCCACAGCAACUUCUGCUUGGCAGCAGGCGACAAGGUCCAUCGAUCGUGUUACCGGGAGUCUCACGCAGGAUGUUCUGCCCUCAUGGGGCGAGCGGUUAACAAGCAUAUUUGUGCCGACUUGGGCAAAAGCUCUUCCAGGCCUCCUCAACAAGCUGCAGAGUGAGCUUUCAAUGGCACCUUGGUCUCUGAGUUGGGAAAUCUGGCAAGAAGCAAACGACCCUCAGAUCAACCCUGAAAUCCUCUGGGACGCGCGAGUUCGUGUCUCGGAUCAGCUAUGUCUAUCAGAGCAAGCUUUCCUGAAGAAAAGGAAGACACAGACUGCGAAAGCUCUUGCUCAGUAUCUCGAAGUCGCAGAGAAGGAUGUUCAUCCGGACGAUGUGCCCACGAUAGCUAUUUGUGGUUCUGGAGGAGGUCUACGAGCGCUGGUAGCAGGGACGUCCUCGUAUCUUUCAACAUACGAAUCCGGCCUGUUCGACUGCGCAACGUAUACUGCUGGAGUCAGCGGCAGUUGCUGGUUGCAGUCGCUCUACUACUCGUCGAUUGGUAAUCUGAGCCAUCAGAAGAUGAUCGAUCACCUCAAAGACCGGAUCGGCGUUCACAUCGCCUUUCCACCUGCUGCUUUGAGUCUCUUGAACCAAGCACCGACCAACAAGUUCCUCCUGAGUGGCUUCGUUGAAAAGCUGAAGGGAGUCCCGGAUUCGGAUUUUGGCCUCGUGGACGUAUAUGGAUUGCUCCUUGCCGCAAGGCUCAUGGUACCACGAGGAGAGUUGACAGUGAGCGACUAUGAUCUGAAAGUGUCGAACCAGCGAUAUUACCUCGACGACGGUAUGCAGCCACUACCAAUAUACACGGCAGUGCGCCAUGAGAUACCCGACCCACCCGAGGACUUUCGCAACAUGGCAAAAGAAGCGCGAUUCAGUGCAAAGCAUUACGACUGGUUUCAGUGGUUUGAAUGGACACCCUAUGAAUUCUUCUGCGAGGAGCUCAAAUCUGGAAUUCCAACGUGGGCAAUGGGGCGCAAGUUCGAAGGCGGUCGCACUGUCUGGCGCGAGAAUGGCCUUGCAUUGCCUGAACUUAGAGUGCCCCUGAUGCUCGGCAUAUGGGGAAGCGCCUUCUGUGCCACGCUCUCGCAUUACUACAAGGAGGUUCGCCCAGUGAUCAAAGCAGCUGGCUGGGCCAUGCUGGACUCCAUCCUAUCACAGAAAGAUGAGGACCUCGUAAAAGUACAUCCUGUCGACCCUGCCGUGAUUCCCAACUACACUUUAGGUCUUCGUGAUCAACUCCCAGAAUCGACGCCAGAAGAUAUUCAUACAUCCUCACAUCUCCAGCUGAUGGACGCCGGCAUGUCAAAUAAUCUACCAAUCUACCCUUUGCUGCGUCCAGGACGCAAUGUAGACGUUGUCAUCGCCUUUGACGCUUCGGCAGACGUCAAAACGGACAACUGGAUCAAAGUCGUCGAUGGAUAUGUUCGACAACGAGGGAUCAAAGGAUGGCCAAUGGGGGCUGGUUGGCCUCCAGCGGGAGAGUCGAGUGAAGAGAUCAGUGAGGAUAUGCAACUCGCCGAAGCCGCGACAGUAGCCCAUGCCGACCAGACCUUGAAAUCCAUUCAGGGUGGCCAAACUUCCAACAUGGAAGAUCUCGGACAUUGCACAGUCUGGGUCGGAACAACACAAGAACGAAGCGAGUACAUGGAAGACCCACCAACACGACGGCUCAAGCACGACGCAUCGGACGACCACCACAUUCGCGAUCCAGACGCUGGGAUAGCUCUCAUCUACUUCCCAUUCCUCAAGAACGAGAAAGUGCCUGGCGUAGAUCCUGUGACAUCCGAAUUCAUGAGCACCUGGAAUUUCGUCUACACGCCUGAGCAGAUCGACAAAGUGGUCAAUCUGGCUCGAGCGAAUUUCGAAGAAGGUCAGGCGCAAACAAAACGUGUGAUACGCGCGGUCUGGGAAAGGAAGAAGGCGGUUCGGCUACGCAAAGAAAAAGAGGAGAGAGAUUUCAGGAGACAGUGGAAUGUCAGAAGGGGCAACGCACAUUUAUGGCGAAACGUAGACCACGGUCAAGGUGAUCAAUUUAGCGGGAUCUAAAUCUGCGAGAGGAUCGUCUUGCAAGCCAUAUUCGGAGAAAAUUGUGUUUUGAUAUACCCACGAUAGCAAUAGAGGAAAAAUAUGACCUGCACCCUCACCACGAGUCGAUUUUAUCGUGGAGCUGCACGGGCAUACAUGCGAACUGCAACAUUCUCCUUGGAAGUGGGUGAUUUGGGUUCCUGGCUCUCGACUGUGACCUGGGCUUCGGUUCGGCGUUUCUCUAGGCCAGAGGCACUUUGGCUGAUGUUCACAGUACGGGAUCGGUCUGAGUCUACCGAAUCUUGCACAUCGUCUGCCCUGCGUUACAUGUGGCUCCUCCCUUCCCGACAAUCUAUGGAAAAGCAGCCUUUGCUCAGGCGUCUUGCCUAACUCUGAUGUUGCUUCAUAAGACAACGUGGAUACAAGCGAAAGAUGUCUAGCCUGGGAUAAGAGCUCAGAUGGUCGCAGUUCCUGGCGAAGUUGGUGCCUACGUUGUUGAUGAGGUUUACUUUUGAGCUGCUGGAUGGGGAGUGCAAAAAGCAUGCUUUGCCUGGAUGUGUUCGGCUACGAUUGGAGAUUUGGGCCGGGAUCAGAGAGCCUUGGACUCAUGCAAAUUGAGGACGUACUGGGAAUCUCUUCUUUGUGCAUGUAGCCUUCACCGGGCUGUAAAUGCGGCAUGUAUGAUACAAACUGGGCCUUUGCUCCGUGUGCGCC